GGCAUGACUCGUCUGAUUUCUGAACACAUUCUUUCCUUCCUCUGCUGCUGACACGCCCGCCGGCCGCCGCUUGUCCGCUCGGCUCACCCGUCGUCGCCGACGCCGUCUUCCCGUCGCAGAUCGCCAGAUCGCCGUCCAUGGCGACGGCGGAGGCAGGGGACGGACGAGAGCCGCCUGGAUUAGGCCCAAGAAUCCGGCGAUCUAAGGCGACCCCGCCGACCUGCGACAUGACCGGCGGCGGCGGGGAGGACGAGCGGAAGGGCCCCCUCGUCUACGUCCUCUCGCUCACGGCAGCAGCGCUGCCCCUGCCCGUCGCCAUCUCCUGCCUGGACGCCGCCGUCCCGCGCAAGGCGCGCAGCCGCCGCUGCCUCCCCCGCACCAAGGCAUCCGCCUGGUGCGCCUUCCGGCUCCCCGUCCCCUCGCCGGAGGAGGCGACGUUCCCCGUCCUGCCGCCGUCGGCAGCCGAGAACCCGCCGAAGGAGGCGAAGCCUCCCCGCCCCCAUCGUCUGCGCGUGCCUCCGCCCCCCGAUCUCGACGCCCCCACGCCGGCUACGAAGAGGCCGGCAAAAAGGGCGAGGAGGUGCCUGCACUGCGGCGCGGCCGAGACGCCGAAGUGGAGGUCGGGACCGAUGGGGCAGAGCACGCUCUGCAACGCCUGCGGGGUCCGGCUCAAGGCGGCGGGGGCGUUGCGGGAGCACCGCCCUCCGCCGGCGACGGCGAGGACGGUCGCCGAGCCGCCGCCGCCGGCGGAGAGCCCGGUCUCGGUCUCCCCGCCGAACAGCCCUAUUUGGGAGCCCCAGGUGCGGCUCCCGGACGUCUACCUGGUGAGGAGGCAACCCUCGACGCGACACAGGCAUCCGCCUCAGAGGAAGGAAGCCGCACCGGCGCCGGCAAUCUACCUGGUCAAGAAGAAGAAGCCGUCGAAGAAGCCAUGGAGACCUCGGACGACGGGGAAGAGGUGCCUGCACUGCGGCUCGUCGUCGACGCCGCAGUGGAGGGAGGGGCCGAUGGGUCGCGGCACGCUGUGCAACGCAUGCGGCGUGCGGUACAGGCAGGGGAGGCUGCUGCCGGAAUACCGGCCGGUGGGGAGCCCCACCUUCGUGCCGUCGGAGCACGCCAACAGACACUGCGAAGUGCUCCAGCUGCGCCGGCAGCGGCAGGACAAGAACCACCAUCCUCCGCCACCGGAGCAGCCACAAACCGUGGACGACAACCUCCCCGACCCCCGCGUCGGCGGUAACGGCGACUCGGCUGACGCGCCAGGGUGCGGCGGCGAUGACAUGGCGGACGUGCUCCAGCAGCGGCAGGUCAUGGACCCGUACCCGCCAACGCCGCUGCAUCAACCGCUGUCGGUGGACAGCAUCGCCGACCCGGGCGUCGGCAGCAACGACAAACUGAUCAACGCGCCGAGCUCGCUGGACUCUCUGCUGCUCGACGGACCGUCGGCGCCGCUCAUCGUGGACGGCGACGAGUUCUUGAUCAGCUAAUAGCUAGCCUAGAAUAAUCCAGCUGAGAUACCAUGAGAGUACUAAUCUUUUUCUCGACUUCUUUCCGAUAAUUUUUACACGCUUCCUAAUUAUCAGGCAACUGAAGACUCAAACAUUUCAGUCGACAGUGUUCAUGAACACGCACUGAAGAAGAAUAUGCGAUGGUGAGAUAAGGGAGGGGGUUAGGGUUCAGGGUGGGUUCACCAGGUGCUAGGUUUAGAGGGAUGCUUGGGGAGACGGCCAAAUCGGUGGUGGGUGGCAAUGUGGUGGUGCGGUGAGGCAGCGGUGGCAUCAUCGGAGCCGCAGAUGGCCCGAGGGUGGUGGGUAGUGCCGGUGGUAGGGGAGUGCGAAAAUAGAUUGGUUAAUGUGGUGGCGUGUGGCAGCGGUGGAUCUGGCACCGGGAGAGUAGUAGGGGAUAGCAGAAAGGUGGUCAUGGCGGGGUGAGCGUUGGGACGAAAGAAGAAACUCGUGCGGAAAGAAAAAAUAUCAGGAGGAAGAAGAAGAUCCCGCGACCGUUGGAUUCUGAUUCGAUGGAUGAGAUUCGUCAACUGAAAAGAUGCAAAAAAGGCACUUAGAAGGAUAACAACACCCUAAUUUUUAUCGACUUUCUUUAUGCAUAUCUGUUUAAUGUUUGAAAUUUUUCGCUACUUUUA